UAGCAGGCCGUGGGCGGGUUCAGAAGGCUGGCGGGCGGCUAGGAUGGCAGAUGAGGAGGAAGACCCUACCUUUGAGGAGGAAAAUGAAGAAAUUGGAGGAGGAGCAGAAGGUGGUCAGGGGAAAAGAAAGAGACUUUUCUCUAAGGAAUUGCGGUGUAUGAUGUACGGAUUUGGGGAUGACCAGAACCCUUACACGGAGUCAGUGGAUAUUCUCGAAGAUCUUGUCAUAGAGUUCAUCACUGAAAUGACUCACAAGGCAAUGUCGAUUGGAAGACAAGGUCGAGUGCAAGUUGAAGACAUUGUCUUCUUGAUUCGAAAGGACCCAAGGAAGUUUGCUAGAGUUAAAGACUUACUUACUAUGAAUGAAGAAUUGAAACGGGCUAGAAAAGCCUUUGACGAAGCCAACUAUGGAUCUUGACACUGUUGUAAUUUCUGAAAUUUUUGAUAUUUUCUGUGGAAACCAUACAUCAUAAUUGUGGUCUGAAGUAAUAUUGUGAUGGCAAAGCAUGCAAUGAAAGAAGUCUUCAAUUUUAGAUUUAUAAUGUGAGCCUUUCAUUGCCUGCCUUUGUCUGACCAUAUUUGACUUGUUUUUUGAGCUUUAGUGACUCCUAACUUAAAGUAUUGCAAACAAUGCAGUUCCAUCUGAGAGGGGAAAGUCGUGCUUGUGCUCUAGGUAGACUUGUGUGUUCCAAGCUGGGUACAUCGCUGCAUUACAUGCAACCUAAAUGUCCUUUGUGAGAGCCCAGGUGUGUGCUUUACGUGUCUCACGUUUUUAGAUGACAGUGGCCGGAGACCUUAUUAAAGAUAAUGGACUGGUCCAUGUUUCUUUUAAGGAACUAAGUUCUUGUAAGAAUUUUUAUUUGA